GACAGAGUACUAAACUCUGCAGAUAUUCAUAACGCUUAUAGGUCAGUUGAUAAAAAAACUAGAGGCCGAUAAACGUUGCUCCCGUUCAUAUUAAUAACAUGUUUACUCUAUAUUUUUAGAGCGUGUUAACUUCAUUAGGAACCGCACGGCUUUGUCGAGAGGUCCCUGCACUGCAAAACAAAGUGAGAAGUAGAAUAUUCAAUCAACGAAAUUACGAAGCGAAAUUGCUUCUCAACUUUCCGUAUUAAAAUCUGUGAGCAAACAAGGACUGAUUGAAGUGAUUUUAAUAGCCUGUGAAAUAUUUUAUUUACCCUUUGACUAUAAAAGCUUCGGUGUUUUUUCGCGGACUUCAUUAAAGCGUUGACCCUUUCGUCAGAACGUCAGAAUACCAGGAACUAGUCAAGAUGAUGGGGAAACUCCUCCUAGCGUUACUGGUCGCUUGCAGCUCAAAUUUCGCGUCUACACAUAUCGUGACGUCAGCACAUUCGGACCUCGCGUUCCUCAGCUGCGUUAGCUCGUUGACUCACACCGUACAGACCACUCUAUGUCCUAUGUACGGCAGGAUCGGGGAGUAUCCUAUGGAGUACAUGCACCCCGCUUUGGACCCUCGCGAGGCGGAGACAAUAAGAAGCUGGGAGUUCCGGAAUAACAUGAAGAGAUGCUGUACGAGACCCUGCAGCAUCUCCGAGCUGGUCGCCGUUUGUUAAACGAAUGAGGUGAGG